CGGCUCUCUGCCGGAACUACACGUCCCAUGAGGCGCCGGGCGGCCGCAGCUUCCCACCGGAAAGACGCUGACUCCUGUGGGGGAGGAGCCCAAAAGCAUUGUGGGAGGAAGGGUCUUCCUUUCCGUUUGGCGGCCGCCAUUAGGUAAGCGGAGAUGGGCGCCUACAAGUACAUCCAGGAACUAUGGAGGAAGAAGCAGUCGGAUGUAAUGCGCUUUCUUCUCAGGGUGCGCUGUUGGCAAUACCGCCAGCUCUCGGCGCUCCACAGGGCCCCCCGUCCCACCCGGCCCGACAAGGCGCGCAGGCUGGGGUACAAGGCCAAGCAAGGUUAUGUCAUAUAUCGGAUUCGGGUGCGCCGUGGUGGUCGCAAACGCCCAGUUCCUAAAGGUGCAACCUACGGCAAGCCUGUGCAUCACGGUGUUAACCAGCUAAAGUUUGCUAGAAGCCUUCAGUCUGUUGCAGAGGAACGAGCUGGACGCCACUGUGGGGCUCUGAGAGUACUGAAUUCUUACUGGGUUGGUGAAGAUUCCACAUACAAAUUCUUUGAGGUUAUCCUCAUUGAUCCAUUCCAUAAAGCUAUCAGAAGAAAUCCUGACACCCAGUGGAUCACCAAGCCAGUCCACAAGCACAGGGAGAUGCGAGGGCUGACUUCGGCAGGCCGCAAGAGCCGUGGCCUUGGAAAGGGCCACAAGUUCCACCACACCAUUGGUGGUUCCCGCCGUGCCGCCUGGAGGAGGCGCAACACUCUGCAGCUGCACCGCUACCGCUGAGGAGGAGUAAUGUUUGUAAAGUUCUCACCUAAUAAACAGUUUAGGACA